AUGGUAGCUACCAACAAUACAAAUUACGACAGACAAAGUGAGCUGAAGGCUUUUGAUGACACAAAGGAAGGUGUGAAAGGCCUUGUUGAUGCUGGGGUAACUGAGGUUCCUAGAAUUUUUCAUCAACCACCAGAUCAGUACAUCAUCAACAGCAACUUUGAUUCAGAAGCUACGCAGUUUAGCAUUCCACUCAUUGACCUUGAAGGCCUUGAGUUUGAUAGUCCAACGAAACGAAACGAGAUUGUUGCGAAAGUUGGAGAGGCAUCAGAGACUUGGGGCUUCUUUCAAAUUUCUAACCAUGGAAUACCAGUUGGUGUUCUAGAGGAGAUGAAGGAUAGUGUACGUGGGUUUUUUGAGCAAGACACUCAAGUGAAGAAACAGUUUUACAAUCGUGAUCAGCUCAAACUUGUGGGCUACAAUAGCAACUUUGAUCUAUACCGAUCACCGGCGACUAAUUGGAGGGAUACUUUUAGGUGCCACAUGGCUCCCAAUCCUGCUAAGCCAGAAGACAUGCCAGAAGUAUUCAGAGACAUACUCAUUGAGUACUCCAAGCAAGUAAUGAAAUUGGGGAAGUUGCUGUUCGAGUUGCUGUCCGAGGCUCUUGGGCUAAAGCCAAGUUACUUGAAUGACAUAGAUUGUGGUUUAGGGUUUUUGCUUGGAGGGCAUUACUAUCCCUCAUGUCCACAGCCUGAGUUAACUAUGGGGGCAAGCAAGCAUGCUGACAAUGUCUUCCUCACAGUCCUUCUGCAAGAUCAUAUUGGUGGUCUCCAAGUUCUUCAUCAGAACAAGUGGAUUGAUGUGCCCCCAAUGCCUGGGGCUCUGGUGGUUAACAUAGGAGAUCUUCUACAGCUUUUAUCAAAUGAUAGAUUCAAGAGUGUAGAGCACAGGGUAUUGGCAAACCGCGUAGGUCCAAGAGUAUCAGUUCCAUGCUUCUUUACCACAGGUAUGCUACCAUUGGAAAGACUCUAUGGACCCAUCAAAGAGUUAUUAUCAGAAGACAACCCUCCAAAGUACAGGGAGACAACUGUAAGGGAAUAUACUGCCCACUUCAAUGACAAAGGCCUUGAUGGCACCUCUGCCUUAACUCAUUUUAAGCUUUGA